CGACUCAUGCAUGUGAAUGUAAAGGGAAAGUGGUCGCGGAACGGUACUAGCUCUGCAGUUCGAGAUGCUCUGCAGGAACGGCCGUGGGAGACGCAGAUGCAUACAAUACAGUCUUGGACCGCUGUGUAUGAGAUGCAGUGUGCGUGGACUGUGGUGGACCGUGAAGUGACGUUUGAGUGAGUGAGUGAUGGAGAGAGAGAGAGUAAGUAAGUAGUGCUGAGUGAGGUCUGAACAGUGAGUGAGUCUGCAAUUGGAGAUCCCUCCGCGCAUGGGAAAUGCUCUCGGAAUAUUUGGGAGUUUAAGGUCGAUCAGGGCGUCCGCUAGUGCACAGAGAUCGCCAGGUGAGGCGGUGGAAUGCGAUAUCUGGGCAGCAAGGGUGCAGAAGAUGAUGAUGCAUCGAACAAAAGAAGGCUUCACUGAUGCAAAAAGCACACCUCCUCCCGCAUGGAUGGCGCCAAUAUUGGCCAGGGGAAUGCAAUAUUGUACCUGGAUUUGGGUUCGUGCGGAUCUUUUCCAGACAGACAGAGAAGCAGAGGUGUCAGUCCCAGCUGAGCUUGUUCCGGUCGACCCAGACCCAGGUCCAGAAGAGUUAGAUGCCGAGAAGAGCAGCUGGGGAGGCAGCAAUCGCUUUCUUAUUCUCUUUUCUUUUCUUUUUUUUUUCCCUUCAACCUUCUUCCUUUCUCUCUUUCUCGGAUCUCCGUUGCGAAUCGACAAAGAAGAGCAAAGACACGUACGAAGGUUGUAUCUUUCAAGCACUUACUUAACUUACGGUACUCGGUCACGCAUCAUUGCCCUCUGGUUAGAUCCUAUGGCACCAACCCUUACCACCACAUCGCCCGCCAUGAUCGCCAUGAGGACCGGGGCAGCAGUUGCGGAAGUGUCCCCGGGACGAUGUGGCACCGACGAGAAGAAGAAAGUCCCAGGUUGAGUAUACCUAAAGCAAGCACCGUGUACGAGCCACUGUUAUAGCACCGGACAGAACCGGAUGGAUAGACCGGACAGCUCACUUACUACUGUACAGCGUAAAUACCAGCAGCCAGCGACUGGCAUCAAUGCAGCAGUACUCGGCCUGGUCAGGUCUGGUCUGGUCAGG